AUGGUGGGCGCAGGACCGGGGUGGGCAACAGGCAGAGCCACACGCAGCGUAAGGCGGUUCGACUACAGAACCGCAGCCACGAACACUGCCGCUCAUAGCCGUAGCAGGUUCCAGACCGACAAACAAUAG